AUGGAUAUCUUCGUCCGGAAUAUUCCUGUCCAAGCUACCGAGAAGAGCUUGCAGACGUUUUUCAGACCAAUUCUCGGACAAUUUGGGAUAGAGAAUUUCGCCUGCCACAGAUUCAGGGGACGGGGCUUUGCAGUCAUUACUGUGCUGGAGGUGGAAUGCGCAAAGGCAUUUCUUAUCGGACUCAACCUCCCAGUAGCGCAGUCUCGCCCGUUAAAAUUUAUGGGAAGGAGGAUCUGGUGCGAAUCUAGUCGAAGACCGCUGAAUGACUUUCUCGUCAAGGUGUUGCAAAAGGAGAAACGGGACAAACAGCGCCGUCAGAUGCGGAUGAAUGCGACAAUCUACGAUGAUGAAUACUACCAAGAAGAACCAGAGUGUAACCAGCCAUCCGAGGCAAAGGACGUGUUUCCCAUCUUUGGGGUGCAUUGCGGGCUAUGGGAUUAUGAUAGAGAUGAAUUGGUCUUCGUCUCUCAUCUCAAGUCUCUAAAAGCAGGAACGCUCCGAUUCGGCCAGCGAAAGGCGACCGUGAUUUUGCAGAUGAAUGGUUUGGAAGGGAGUCAUUUCAUUGAGAUGCCUUACGAUUCUAUACAGUGCAUCACUCCCGGUGGUGGGGCCGUACCGUCCGUCACCUUCUCCUUAGACAGAUGUCCUCGGAUGUAUACAAAGACAUUGGCUGAUGCGAAAUCGAGCUCUUUGCCUUCAUCUAGCGUCAAAUUUGACAGAGUCUCUGGCAUCAAUGACGCACAUUUAGAAAUAACUGGCAACUGCCUUGUCUACCGAUUCCUUCUUCUCGCUGAUUUAGAACUUAUCAUGGAGCUUAAGAACCGACAGUAUAUGCCCACCAUACUGGCUUGGACAACACGGAUAAUCCAACCAUGCGCCGCUCUAGCUCAAGGCUUUCUAGACCUAGAGAAAGCAACUCAAACACAGAUUUCUGAUUGCCAUUUUGAGCUAAAGUUUCAGCUCCAGAAAUUGACGUUAAACAACCAUAUCUCUCCUUGGUCAGUGUUGGAAUUGUUACCUGUAAUCUUGGAAAUUGCGAAGCGGUCAGGAGACGAUACGGCCGCAGCAGCUGUAAAACUGCUAUCUCGACAAAUUCCCUUUGCAGGACCGGCGACCGAAGCCAGAGAACUUUGCAAUUCCGAGUUGCUCAAACGACUCAUUGAAAAUGAGAAGGUUAUAAAUUACUUUGUUCAACAUGCAGAUGAACCUGAAAUUAAAUAUGACCACAUUACUCGCGUGUACCAAGCCACUGUCACGCCAGCUGGUAUUUAUUUGCAUGGCCCGCAAUUCGAAGGGAAAAAUAGGGUACUACGAUGCUACCCGGAGUUCACAUCACACUUUCUUCGGGUUUCAUUUGUGGAAGAAGAUGGACGACCACUCAGAUUUGACCAAACAAAUCACUCGAUCCUCUAUUCGCGUUUCAGUUCUAUCCUGAAUGACUCUGGGAUAAAGGUCGCUGGCCGCGUAUACAAAUUUCUUGGCUUCUCCAACUCCUCUUUGCGUCAGCAGACGUGCUGGUUCAUGGCACCAUUCGUCCAAAACGGAGAGUUACUCUGCGCAGAAUCUGUCAUUGCUCGACUAGGAGACUUUUCCUUGAUUAGAUGCCCCGCUAAGUGCGCCGCUCGUAUUGGUCAAGCUUUCUCGGAGACUCCAUUAGCAAUACCGUUGAAAGAGGGAGCCGUUAAAGUAAUUGAUGAUGUUAAAGGGGAUGAAGGUCGUCUAUUCAGCGAUGGGGUUGGCACGGUUUCGAGGGAAGUUCUGGAAAAGAUCUGGGAAAAGAGUCAGAUCAAGACGAAAACUAAACCUACGGUUUAUCAGAUCAGAUACGCCGGCGCAAAAGGCAUGAUAUCCUAUGAUCCCGGACUUAUGGGCGAACAGCUAUGCCUCCGGCCGUCAAUGAUUAAGUUCCAAGGCAGGAACUCAAAAUUUCUUGAAAUAUGCGCCGCUGGAGACAAACCAUUCCCGAUGUUUCUGAAUCGGCAGCUAAUCAAACUUUUGGAAGAUCUUGGAGUUCCGCCUUCAGCCUUUUUAGAACUGCAGCAGGCAGCAGUUGAAGACUUGAGGAAAAUCACUUUGUCAGCUCAAAACGCAGCCAGCUAUCUGGAGCUUAGUUGUCUGGGCACCACCGCUCAGAUACCAUGGCUCUUGCGGACUUUGGAUUCUCUGAACUUAUCCUUUCAAUCGGAUGGAUUUCUAUGCGACCUUGUCGAAAUUACUGUUCUCAUUGCUCUUCGAGAAUUAAAACAUCGGUCUCGCAUUCCGGUCGCACAAGGAUUUACUCUCUUUGGAGUAAUGGAUGAGACUGGCUAUUUAGGCCAGCACGAAGUCUACUGCACUACAGACACGGAACAAAAGGGGCGUGUUGUUCUGACCCAACGUGUUGCGAUCACUCGCUCUCCAGCUCUUCACCCGGGAGAUAUUCAGAUGGUACAAGCCAUCGAUGUUCCCGAAGAUUCGCCCUUACGAGCCCUACAUAAUUGUGUUGUUUUCAGCCAAAAAGGCAGCAGGGACCUCCCCAGUCAACUCAGUGGAGGAGACCUUGACGGAGAUCUUUAUAAUAUUAUUUUUGACGAGAGUCUGUUUCCGAAAGAGGUGUACUUUCCUGCUCAAUAUCCACGCGUCGAACCUCAGGAUAUAGGCCGGCCGGUGGAAAGCAGUGACAUGGCAGAUUUCUUUCUGCAGUUCAUGGAAAUGGAUAAACUAGGAAGGAUAGCCACAUUACAUCAAGUAUUGGCGGAUAAACGUCCUCUCGGAAUACUCGAUUACGACUGCCUACGCCUGGCCAAAUUACAUUCGACAGCCGUGGACUUCUCCAAGACUGGAAUUCCGGCUGAUUUGCGGGAUCUCCCCCGUGACUUUGGUCAUUUUCGUCCAGAUUUCAUGGCCAAUGGCCCACGUGCAACUAUCCAGAAGGGAUUAAGAUUAGAAGACCUUGAAGAAGACACAGAGCCCUCGUUUGGUCCCGAUAAAGACUUCGAGCCGUACAGAUACUACGAAAGCGAUAAGGUUCUCGGACAACUUUAUCGAGCAAUCGAUGAACAACGAUUCUUCUCCGGAUUACAACGCCAAGCCCGACUGCUCAAAUUGCACCCUCGAACCCUUUCCCGUCAUAGCUUGCUGGGAAACGUGUGGGAGCACAUCAACAGGGAGACGCAGCAGGUGAAGUGGAGGCAGUAUAUCGACUGGGCUAGGGGUAUUCGAGAGCUGUAUGAAGACAACCUCAUCGAAAGCAUGCACCGCUACGCCAUGCAUCCCGCACACCCGCUCGACGAGCUCGAAGCUUUUCUUGGCAGCAUCCUCGGCAAAUAUGGUGCUCAGUCUAAGCAUCAGCGCGAGAAAUCUGUAGGAUUGAGAGCAAAAGUCGAGCGCGAUAUAUCAUUUAUCGUUGACCAUAUUGUGAGCAACGACGAAGAACCAGCUAAACAAGAGACAGCUCCAAUGAUGGAAGAGUUGAACAACGAUCAUGGGCCACCUGCACCUGGACAAGAGACUGCAUUGGCAAAAUCAAUCGCCUGCUUGUUUCUUGAGGUUGAGAAUGGUGCGCAGCGCCGCACCCGUAGCUAUGGAUGGGUCGUGGCUGGGGUUUGCCUAAAGGAGUUGGAGAAAUGGAAGGAAUGCCUUAGUCACUCCCAAUUCACGGCUGCAAAUAAAACUGCAGACUCUGCCAGUGGCUAA